UUUACUUCAUGGUCCACUUUCUUUCCCAGUGGCCCCAAACGCAGCACAGAAAGCUUAGCAAUAAUUGGAACAUGUGUAGCCAACCAUAUGCCUAGUAGCCGUAAGUCCCGCCCUUUGUGCUCUGCCAACCAGUCAGUGUUGACCAAAGUACAGCUGCAGUUCCUGUAGUCAAAAAGCACGUUGCUUUGACAGAGAGGAGGAAGCUUUUAAUCAUCACGUUAGGCUGCUGUGAUUUCUGACAUAAUGCCAACUCCAAGCGAGAACGCACUCUUUGGGAUGGGGAAUCCCUUGCUCGACAUUUCAGCUGUCGUGGACAAAGAUUUCCUUGACAAGUUCGGACUGAAGCUUAACGACCAGAUCCUCGCCGAGGAAAAACACAAAGCCUUGUUUGAAGAAAUCGUCAAGAGGAACAAAGUUGAGUACCACGCUGGCGGUUCGACCCAGAACUCUGUGAAAAUUGCUCAGUGGAUGAUCCAGAAACCCCACAAGGUGGCUACUUUCUUCGGGUGCAUCGGUACCGACCAAUUCGGGGAGAUCCUGAAGAAGAAGGCUGAAGAAGCCCACGUCGACGCGCAUUACUAUGAACAAAACGUGGAGCCAACUGGUACCUGUGCAGCCUGCAUCACCGGGGACAAUAGGUCCCUUGUUGCUAACCUGGCAGCGGCAAACUGCUACAAAAAGGAAAAACACCUGGACUUGGACAGCAACUGGGAGCUGGUGAAGAAAGCCAAGGUCUAUUAUAUUGCGGGGUUUUUCCUGACCGUGUCCCCGGAGUCCAUCCUAAAGGUGGCGAAGCAUGCUUCAGAUAACAACAAAAUCUUCUGCAUGAACCUCUCAGCACCUUUCAUCAGCCAGUUCUUCAAAGAGCCCUUGAUGGAGGUCAUGCCUUACGUCGACAUCUUGUUUGGCAACGAGACGGAGGCGGCCACAUUUGCCAAAGAGCUGGGCUUUGAGACAGAUGACAUUGGAGAGAUUGCAAAGAAGACCCAAAACCUCCCCAAGGAGAAUAUGAAGAGGCAGCGAGUGGUGGUGUUCACCCAGGGCAAGGACGACACCGUUGCAACUGUUGGUAGGCCAUUUCAGAGUAGCUGUGCACGGGGAGAGAUGGCCUCAGGUAAAGACUCCAACAUAUCACUCAUCACUGGGGACUGCAGAGAGGCACAGUUACAGCAGGACUAUAGGACACUGUCUUCACAUGUGUACAGUGUCCUCAAUUUCAUACUGCUGGCAGUAGUAUUUACCAGCUGA